AUGGAGCAACCGUACAGAACACCAUCAGCUCGUGCUACUUCUCAGAUGAAAGUUCUGCCAGGUUACAAUAUCAUAGAUCCGCCUCUGCCUGUUACCUCCAUCAGAAUAGGUAUCAGGUAUAGAGCAGUAACAAGUGCAUAUUAUCGAGGUGCAGUUGGCGAGAUGCUAGUCUAUGACUUAACAAAACGCCAAUCAUUCGAUCAUAUGGCUAGAUGGCUGGAGGAAAUAAGAGGUCACGCAGACAAGAACAUAGUUAUAAUGCUCAUCGUGAGCAAAUGUGAUCUAGGAAGUCUUCGAGCUGUACCAGUUGAAGAUGCUCAAGAAUUUGCAGAAAGGGAGAAUCUUUUCUUUAUGGAAACAUCAGCUCUUCAAUCCACAAACGUCGAGGGUGCAUUCAUGACAGCUUUAACAGAAAUUUAUAAAAUCAUUAGCAAGAAUACACUUAUUGCAGCUCCGGGAGCUGAUUAUGGGAAGCCACAAUCUUUAAAGGGAACCAGGAUAAUUGCUCCUGGACAGGACACAGAUUCUGGUGGGAAUAGUGGUGGCUGCAGCAUAUCCUUUUAAGUACUCGAUGCUUAUUCAAAAGCUCGAACAGAAAUUAAAUUGGUUCAAUUUUCCU